GGCAUGACGGGCAAGGUGACCGGCAUCGAUAAAUUUGACGCGCUGUUCUUCGGCAUGCACCGGAAGCUGACGGAUGCGACCGACCCUCUGUCCAGGGUCCUCAUGGAGCGAGUUUUCGAGGCCAUCGUGGACGCUGGGAUCAACCCCAUGCACAUCCGCGGCACCCGCACGGCGGUGUUCAUGGCCUCAGCGUUGAGCGAGUCCGAGAACAUCUUCAUCCAGACGACAGCCGAGAACGGCUUCGGGAUCAUGGGCCACAACCGCUCCAUGAUGGCCAACCGGGUUUCGUUCUUCUUCGACUUUAAAGGUCCGAGCUACGCGCUCGACACUGGCUUCUGCAGCGGCCUGUCCGCGCUGGAGCUGGGCAAGAGGGCCAUCGACAGCGGGGAGGUGGACUACGCACUCGUUGGCACGGCCACCCUGUCCUUCCACCCGGAGGUCACCCAGCACUUCCACGACCUGCACAUGGUCUGCGAGGACGGCGUGACGAAACCUUUCCACAAGGACGGUGAGUGA